GUCACCCGUACAAUUCAAACUUUUGUAGGUUAAGUCGAGUACCGGUCCGGAGUUUUUAUUUCGCGUAACGUAACAAUUACAAUGGAAACACAUUCGGAUGAUUCAAAAAUAUUUAAAAAAGACUUCUCCGAAUAUGGACAGAUCUUAGCUAUAGAGAUAUCUCCGUUUGUUCUUUCUCAAGAUCUUAUUUUAAUAGGCUUUGAAACCAAAGUACUGUUGGGCCAUUUAAAAAUCGAUGAACAAGUACUAGAUUUAGAAAUACUAGCAGAGUUCGUACAUCCUUCUAGAUGCUGUGCAUUGUCUGUUUCACCUGAAACAUCAAUUAGUAUUUUACCAAAUAAUAUUUUAUUUGCUGCUGCAGGAGCUGAUCACAAACUAAGGGUUUUUAAGAGCAAUUUAAGAGGAGAAGACUUAUGCAAAGUGCUCGGUGACCACACAAGCUACAUUAAUGACACUAAAUUUGAUCCAGAUAAUAAUUUCCUGGCGUCUGUCAGCGACGAUAAUACUGCGAAAUUAUGGGAAACGGAAGAUUUCAAAUGCGUUACUACUUUACAACUAACUUCACCAGGAGUGUCGGUGUGUUGGCAUAAAGAAGACAGUUCAAAAUUAUUGGUGGCUGAGAAAAUAGGUCUCAUUAGGUUCUACAAUGUGGAAACACAAACCCCAAUCCUGUCCCUUGAUUAUGGUAAACCCUUAUCAAACGCACAUUGGGCGCCAUCGGAUUCUCAAGUUGUGGCAUCAUUACAACUGGGAGAAUUGCUUAUUUGGGACUUAUCAAAACCAUGCAUUCCUGUGAAUAAUAAUUUACUCUUUACUGAGGCAGGAGGCCAUGUUAGGUUUAGUCCAUUUGGUGAACUUGUAGCAGCAGUUAAUAAUUUGGAUAGUACUUUAAAGGUUGUCCAUGUCCAGAAUAACCAACCUAAGUUAACAGUUUCUGUUACACUACCAAGUAAUAUCAGUUGGCAUUGCAGGUGUCCCAUUAUUUGUGUUGGAGAUUAUAUGACGUUAUCAUUCUGGAAGGUCACCUCCAAAUAAUAACGUUUUAAUUUGUUUUCUUCAAAAAGUUAUUUUAAAUGAGGCAGAAUGAAGGAUGAAGUAUUAUAGGCAAUUUGAGAGCAAAAUUUAAAAUAAACAGUUGAAUUGGAUUACAAUAAAAAUUUUACCUGUAUCGACUCACUUCUAUAACAAUUGUCUUAAACUUAAACAAACUGUAUGUAAAUUGUAAUUUUGCUAGCUCAAGACUGGUUACUACUAACUACCCUAAAUUUCGAAGUAGUUCCGCGUAAAUCAUUAAACUUAACUUUUACUGUAUAACAAUGUCUCCACUUAUAAGCUCCAUGUAGCUUCUUUGAUGAAUUUUGAGGCACCAGUAUACAGAGUGUUGAAUUUUUAGCCUUAGACCAUUGAAAUGUCGUGAACAACAAAGAAUUUGAAUUCGGGUACAGAGAGUAAGUAUACUCAAAUGUGCAUUUUCAUUAAAAAAAGCAUAUCUGCCAACGAUAAUGAAUUAAAAACAGUGAAUUGACUUAAACUGGGGGAAGAUUUGCACAUGACGUUCUAGCGAAAUCUGAGCGAUUAGGGAUACAAGGCACAAUCCUGCACAAAAGAUUGUAAUGUUAGUCCUUGAUGACAUGUUUCACUAAAACCAGUUAUCUUAGAUCAUUUGUUCUGAUCUGCAUGCGAGAUCACUUUAUCAGUGUUUGAAAAUGAAAACUACAUAAAAUAUGGUUGGCAAUUGCCAUAACUCAAUUUAACCGAAAAAUAUAUAUAUAUAUAGCAUAAACACUUACGGUUAUGGCGACUUUUUUUUUUGUUAUGCACUGUUUUAUAACCUCGCCAAUGGAGCUACAGUUCAAUGAAAUUUUAUAUCUGAUACUAAAACAUUACAAGAUAUUGAGUAAUCAAAUAAUAAUUAGUCGUCCAACCCGUCUGCUUGAUUUCAAAGUAGAAAAUUUUUUGUUAAAUAGGCUGGCAAAUACCUUCACGAGACUAUUAGAUCCCAUCGUAUGGAAAUGAUGGAAAUCACCAGACAGCGCCAUGUGCAGGAAUAAAUGCAAGAAAUUCUAUGUAAUUACGCUAAGCCAGUUUGUCUACAUUUGAUUAAAUUAAAGCGAGAAGAAAUUACAUCAUUACAUCUUAAGUUAUGAGUAAUUGAUGCACAUUUUAAUCAAAGAAAAAACACCGCCUAGGUACAGUUUGCUUGGAAAGUUUUGCGAUGCUCCCUAUAUUUUAAUCCCAGUGGAAUAUACAACGUUAAGUUAUUGCAUAAUGUAAGCGUUCACUGCCACAGUAUAGAUAUCAAUUGAUGUCUAUACUGUGUUCACUGCGUAAAGGGUCAGCAAACUGUACAGCUUGUAUUAUAAUAGCUUGCUUAUACUAGUAUGAGAAAUAUUUACAAUUUUUAAAUUAAUACACUGUUUAAUAAAAAAAAUGUAAUGUAAUAUAAUACAUAUAUUAGUACUUACACUAUCCAUAAAAUAUAAAUUACUUUCAGAAACAAUAAAUACAUAUAUGCAAUUAU